AUGACAGAAGUAUUCAAAACAGGAUUUAACACGGUCGGACGUUCGAAAUGGAAAAUGAUGGCAGAGAAAAAUGUCGGUUACAAUUUGAUGACAAAAAACGGGAUUUGUCUAUUUUUCAUUCUCACGAUCUGUGGUUCCUCUGUGGUUUCGGGUUGGGAAGAAGGUGAUGACGCCGUGAAUGUUAUUUCCGUCGAAAACAUGGAUGCAUUACUCGGUAGCAGCACCAGUUUAAACGAAACCGAACCUGAAUCCGAACCCAGAUCCAGAAGAAUGGCUAAUCCGAUUCAAAAAUUAUUUCCAAUCGGUUCCAGCAAACCCGAAGAAGACGAUUUGUGUUCUACAAUAGUUCAUUGCGAGUGCCUUAAAACUGCUGGAAAAGAUCAUCAAAUAAUUUCUUGUAAUUUUCAUAACGACGAGAAGAUGAAAGGAAUCAUACGUAACAACCUUAAAAAAAGAAUGCAAGAGGAGGGGUAA